AUGGGUUUUCUCUCGUUCUGUCUUGUCAUAUUCUGCAUCAUGACGACUACUUCUCUGCGCAAUAUUGUCAUCGUCGGAGGGUCCUUUGUCGGCCGCUCGACCGCUCAAGAGCUGGCGAAGAUCGUUCCGCCGACGCAUAGAAUUCUCCUCACCGAACCGCAUAGUCAUUUCCACCAUCUCUUUACAUUUCCACGUUUCGCCAUUGUUCCAGGCCAGGAACACAAAGCAUUUGUUCCUUACAGCGGUAUCUUCUCCGGAACACCCCACGCUGCCUCCCACGGUGUCGUCCAGGCACGUGUGCUCUCGGUCAAGGCCCAGCAUAUCGAGCUGGAUCGGGAAUGGCAAGGAUCAAAGCAGAUUCCAUUCGACUAUAUUGUUCUCGCCACCGGCACCCGACUUUCCAAGCCGGCAGCUAUGGAGCACGAUGAGAAGCUGCCGUCGGUCGAGUAUCUGCAGAAGCACCAGAGCGAUGUGCAAAAAGCAAAGUCCGUUUUGAUCGUCGGUGGUGGCGCGGUCGGCGUACAAAUGGCUACCGAUCUGAAAGAAUACUACCCAAAGAAAGUUGUCACCGUUGUGCAGUCACGACCCCAGGUGAUGCCGAAUUUCCACCCGCAACUGCACGAUCUCAUUAAGAAGCGGUUCGAUGAGCUGGGGAUCAGGCUGGUCACUGGUUCUCGGGUUACCAUCCCAGAAGGCGGCUUCCCCAACAAUGGCAAGCCAUUUGAUGUGCAGCUAACAAAUGGGACGAUCGAGUCGACCGAAUUCGUGAUCUUGGCGACUGGACAAACACCCAAUAAUCAGAUGGUUGCCGAUUUAGAGCCGUCUGCUGGCGGUGCAUCAGUGGUGAACCCGGAUAAUGGUUUCCUUCGAAUUCGACCGACCAUGCAGCUUCAGGACAAGAAGUACUCCAACAUCUUCGCUGUGGGUGACAUCGCCGAUACAGGGGCCCAGAAGGCUGCCCGGCCUGGCUCGGUUCAGGCUGGAGUGGUCGCGAGGAACAUUGUUUCUUUAAUAGAAGGAAAUAAGGCGGAAGAGACCUUUGUCAAGGGCCCAGGGGCUAUCCAUCUUACAUUGGGCAUGAAAUAUAACGUUAUCUUCCGCAAUCCCAACACCGCGGAAGGCCAGACCGAGCCUUGGAUCAACGAGAAACAGGAUGGCCAAGAAGAUAUGAAUGUUGAAGCCAUGUGGGGACGAUUAGGCAUUACUGUCGACAACCCCCGCCAAUACCACCUCUAA